AUGCCUUCUGACCCCAUGAAUGUGAUUCUGGAUCCAGACACAGCUCAUCCCCAACUCAUCGUGUCUCAGGAUAUGAAAACAGUGAGAUGGACAGACACACGGCAGUAUCUGCCUGACAAUCCUGAGAGGUUUGACACUUGGGGCUGUGGGCUGGGCUAUGAGGGAUUCACUUCGGGGAGUCAUUGCUGGGAGGUUGUGAUGGGAAAUGAGGAACGCUGGGCUGUGGGAGUGGCCAGAGAGUCUGUGAGAAGGAAGGGACGGAUCAGCCUUAAUCCUGAGGAGGGAAUCUGGGCUGUGGAGCGGUGCUGGUGGGGUCAGUGCCAGGCUCUCACCUCCCCUAUGACCCCCCUGCCCCUGCCCCGGGUUCCCAGGAGGAUCCUGGUGUGUCUGGACUAUGAACGGGGGCAGGUGACAUUUUUUGAUUAUGGUAACAAGGCCCUGAUCUUCACUUUCCCGCCAGCCUCUUUCACUGGGGAGAGAAUCCACCCCUGGUUCUGGCUGUGGGAUAGAGAGACCCAGCUCAGACUUUGCCCCUGAGACAAGGUAGGGGGAGGAAUAUCCCACGGUGGGGCUUGAGAUCAGCCUCUCUAGCCUCAUACAUCCUUUUCAACAUGACCCUGGAAGUCUCCUGUGUUCCUGUAGACUUUCUACCCUGUGGUUUCUAUUGUCCUGGAGGCUCUGCGGGGUCUCUGACCUGUCAGACCAUAGAAACCAGGGGGUGGAUGAGAUAGAGAAGCCAGUCUUAUUGCCCAAAGGAUUUUGCAGCCUGUUUGUCACUGUCCUCUGUGGCGCAGGAGGUCAGACAGUGCCACUCAGAUGUUGUGGGAAUAGCCCAAUGGGAAUGGAAAAAAUGGACUUCUCUAGCCUAAGUCAUCCAAGUGUCUGUGACUAUGGAGGACUCCCAUCUACCUAGUCCCUGGCUUGUGUCUAUGACCCUGGAGGACCCCUGUGUACCCAACCAUCAAUACCUCAUCUCUGUGACACUCCUGUCCCUUCCUGCAGCACCAGGGAUGGGAAGGGGAAGAGGCAAAGAACCCCUGGAGUGGCACAAGGAGCAGAGGGGCCCUGAGGGGCAGACCUGGGGGCUGCAGGGUCAGAACUGAUGGGGUGGCAAGGGCAGGAGUGACAUAGGGGCUGUGGCUCUAAUUACUAGCUGGGCUGGGAG